GUUCUGUCCACUCAUUGGUGGCUUGUCUGAUUCUGACUUUUGAGUUUCAUAAAACAAAAAACGCGCACCAAAUUAUCGCAAACCCACAUGACUUGCUCCUCUCCCAUGGCGUCCCUUCUCAAAGCAUCUUCCUUUAUUCCUCCUCUACAAAUUCACCAGGUGAAUCAUGUUAGCUUCCCAGUAAAAAUUGAUCAUGCUUUCAUAAGAACUGGUAGAUGUCCUGUGUCUAGUUUGUCGGUGAAAGCUCAGCAGAUGGCUGUUGAAGGAAAUGUGCUUGAGAAAGAACCAGUCCGCAUCAAUGAAGAAAAUGAUUAUGGGGUUGUUAGCGUGCACCACGUUGGAAUCUUGUGUGAAAACCUAGAAAGAUCCCUGGACUUUUAUCAAAAUGUUCUAGGUCUCAAGAUUAAUGAAGCCAGGCCACAUGACAAGCUUCCAUACAGAGGUGCUUGGCUUUGGGUAGGUUCUGAGAUGAUUCAUUUGAUGGAGCUACCAAAUCCUGACCCUUUAACUGGAAGACCCGAACACGGAGGCCGAGAUCGACAUACCUGUAUUGCAAUCCAGGAUGUGUCAAAGCUAAAAACAAUCCUUGAUGAAGCUGGUAUACCUUAUACACUAAGCAAGUCUGGAAGACCAGCAAUCUUCACACGUGAUCCAGAUGCAAAUGCUCUUGAAUUUACACAAGUAGAUGCCUGAUAUUGUUGGCUAUUUAUUUAGUUGGAUACAGUUACAUUAAAAGUCACUAGAAAUCAGUGUAUAGAUGAAUUCACAUAUGUGGAUAUGAAAGAUGAGUGUAUAGUAAAACACUACUCAAGUAACUUGCUAUGAAGAAGCGGCAGCAACGUGUUAGCUGAUCUGUGUUAGCUUACAAGUGAGAUUAAAUGGCAUACUUGUAAGUUUUGAUAAUUAAUAGAUCUGCUGUCAGUUUGUUUUA